UAUGGAAUUAUUUGGAUAUUAUUUUCAUCCUAGUACUGAAAACUAUGAUAUCAAGUCUUUUAAUACCCCCUUUAAAUUAAUUUGCAACAGUGGAGAAGUAAAAAACAUAAUGGAGAAUCUUUUCAUAAUCAUAGAAGAAAAGGCCGAUGAAUUUGCUGAAAGGGAUUCUGGAUGGAUAAUGAUUAAUCUUCUCUUUUUGGAAGUUAACAUUAACAAGUUCAAUCCUUUGAAGGCGUCCUCGUUUGUUGAACUGCCAAUUGAGAUUGCAAGACGUCGAGCUGUCAUUAAUAUAUGGAACAAUGACAACUACUGCUUUGCGUGGUCAAUAGUAGCAGCUCUUCAUCCUCCAACAGGUCCUCCUUUUGAAAUAUCAUCAUACCCACACUACUCAACAAUUUUGAACAUCACAGGUAUCGAUUUUCCUUAUGUCAUUAAAAGAUAA